GAGGAGGCGGAAGACGACAUCCACGACCCGGAAGAGGAUUCGAUGGACCAUCAUGGCUGCCGCCGCGCGAUUAGCAGCGGUUCCCGCGGUUGACAUCGACCCGGACGGCGUGUUUAAAUAUGUUCUCAUCAGGGUGCACAGCACGGAGGAGGGUGACGAUUCUAGUGUCGAUAUCGUGCGGGGUUAUGCGUGGGCAGAGUACCAUGCGGAUAUUUAUGACCGGGUUUCUGCUGAGCUGGAGAAAGGAGGGGCCCUGGACUGCAUGUGUUUAGGAGGAGGCAGAAUCAAGCAUGACAGCAAGGCUAAAAAAAUUCAUGUUUAUGGCUACUCUCUGGGCUUUGGGAGAGCUAAUCACUCAGUUUCCACUGAGAAAUUGAAGAUUCGGUAUCCUGACUAUGAGGUGACCUGGGCAGAUGAGGGCUACUGAUGCACUGGGAAGGGUGGGAAUGGGCCACUUGCAACUAGUUCUCUUGAAGCGCAUAGAGAUCCAAACCAGGGGUCUGGGAGUGCACUCAUUGCUGAAGCCUUUACCACUAUCGAAUGAUGACCAUUUUGUUUAUGACCUUGAGAUAUUUACUUUUUUGUCACUAAUUUUAGGUAGGGAUGAAAUAAAGCAUUUAAUGUCUAAAGUUUUUCUUCUGCU